GUAGCGCUGUUGCUGCCGCUCCUGCCGCAGAAAGCCGGAUGGGAGAGUCACUAUGGACGUGCAAGUCGCGCCGCUGAGAUCGUGGGACGAUUUCAUCCCGGGCCACGACCGCUUCGCCGUGCCGGAUUUCAAAGACAUCUCCAAAUGGAACAACCGGGUGGUCAGCAACCUGCUCUAUUACCAGACCAAUUACCUCGUGGUGGCUGCCGUGGUGUUUUCCAUCGUGGGGUUUCUGAAUCCCCUGAAUAUGCUGCUUGGCAUCCUUGUGGUGAUCCUGGUCUUCACAGCAUUCGUGUUUGCAUCCCACAAAAAAGACUUCAUUUGCAAGUUUAAGAAGCACUACCCUGCUGCCUUUGUCAUAGCAAUUAUGUUACUGAGCUACAUCCUGAUAUCCUUUUUCGGAGGCGUCAUGGUGUUUCUGUUUGGAAUCACGUUUCCUUUGUUCUUGAUGUUUCUUCAUGCAUCCUUGAGGCUUCGAAAUAUAAAGAACAAGAUGGAGAACAAGAUAGAAAGCAUUGGUUUAAAGAAGACUCCCAUGGGAAUUAUCCUGGAUCUUCUCGAACAACAGGAGGAGACCAUUUCCAAACUAGCCGAUUACCUGGCUAAAGCAAAGGAUUAAUUAAACAGCCAGUUUAUAUUGGGGAAUUUGUUCAUUUUGUCCAACAUCAUUUCUCAGUCUGUGAGCGGGAAGUCAAUGCAGACUGCAAGAGUUGAAGUAUGGCAAAAUAAAACACCCCAAGUGGUCCAAGUUUCCUCUGCACAGGGUGGUAGUAUCCCGUUUAUAACCUGUCAAAAGUGUCUGAGGUACAAAUGCAUUGGGUAAUUUACAGCAGGGGUCUCCAAUCUUGGCAACUUUAAGCCUGGUGGACUUCAACUCCCAGAAUUCCCCAGUCAGCUUUGGGAAUUCUGGGAGUUGAAGUCCGCCAGACUUAAAGUUGCCAAGGUUGGAGAACCCUGAUUUAUGGCACUCACUAAUGUAGAAAGGUAGACUUAACUUCUUUCAGACUCUUUUAUCUCUAUGUUAAGUAUUUUCCAAACUGCCUAUUUUGUGGCCAUUCUAAAUGCACAGUAUUCUUUUGACCUUCAAGCAACAUGACUGUGUGCUACUGCACAUAUCCAAACGACUGUUUUUGAGUGCAAAAAUAAAUCUUAAUUUAUGUACAUCCUUUUGAGUGGGACGUGGUUUCCCUAUGGAGAAAUAGAGACCUGCAAUUAGAAGUAUGAUAUGCCCAUUUUGUUGUGGGAUAUUUGAAUCCGUCUCCCAUCUAGCAGCUGAAUCCUUCCCCACCCCCCCUGCAUGAGUUGCAAGCUUGCACAGAUAACACCUAGCCAAUAACAUUCCUUCUUUGUUCUUUCUGUAUGCAUAUGAAGAAUUGUACUGUUAGGGGCAGAUUUUGUAACAGGAGGAACAUGACUUUCUGUGCAUGCCCACGCACAGGUAUUAUACAUGCUUUAGUAAUAAUAUUUAGUAAUUGUCAGGCUUGAGAUCUGCCAUUACAUAGAAUUAUGAAUCUCCUUGAGUGUAUGACUGGAAAACCAAAUCUUAUUGUUUGUUAAUAUCUCAUACUGACACUUGAUUUAAAUUUUGUGCAAGAAAAAUAAAUAAUAUUUAAAAUACCACAAA